AUGAGCUGCAUCUGGUCGCAGUGGGGCUCCUGGGGUCGGUGCAGCCUUUCUUGUGGGAGCGGUCGCUACGAGAGGAUGAGGCGCAUUGAAAGAAGGUCGGACCCAGGUGGUCUUCCUUGCUCCGGGGCUUCCCUGGAGAACGGGGCCUGCAACAACGGACCCUGCCAGCCAACCGACUGCAGGCUCGGCGAUUGGUCAUCCUGGUCGGAGUGUGACGCACUUCACCCGCAAAGGUUCCGGAGACGGAAUGUUGAAGUAGCGCCAAGCAAUGGCGGAAGAGCAUGUGACAAGUAUCUGAUUCAGACCGUCCCUUGCUUUGCGCCCAACACCGCUGGACAGGACUGUGAUAUUGGAAUGUGGUCGCAGUGGAGCGACUGCUCGAAGACCUGCGGCGGUGGCCAGAUGUCUCGCAAGAGGCAGCUUUUGAAACCGAACACGGAGGGUGGCUUCUGCCAUCACGCUGUCCUCCAACAAGCAGAGCCUUGUGGGACGGAUGAAUGCAGAUCUCCGGCGCCCAAUGACUGUAUCUUUGAGCAUUGGGGAGAAUGGUCAAACUGUGAUGCGCUCUGCGGCAAGGGCACCCGCGAGCGGACGAGAAAGAUAGCCGUCUUCGCGACCGGCGAUGGACGGGGCUGUGAAGGGGCCACCCAGCAGCUGUCAGAGUGUGAGAUGCAGACCUGCGAGGUCGUUGACUGCCAGUGGAGCGAGUGGUGGGACUGGUCGGUUUGCUCAGCUUCCUGUGAUGGAGGAACGAAGCGCCGAGAGAGAAAUGUGGCAGUGGCACCGCAGCACGGCGGAAGUUUGUGCUUCCCCAAAGACAAGAGCCAGAUCGCGCCUUGCAACACGGAGUCCUGUGAUGCUGCAUGCUUAGAUGGUGAAUGGAGUGAAUGGAGUGGUUGGACAGAUUGUUCUGCAACGUGUGGGACAGCUUACAAGUCGAGACGUCGUGACGUGGCGGUCCAGCCUAGCCAUUGUGGGAAGCCAGCCGUCGGCUUGCGUGAGGAGUACAAGGCUUGCAUUGACAUGGCCGAAUGCGACGUCGUUCAAGACUGCGUCAUGGGCGAGUGGAAUCACUGGUCACAAUGCAGUUGCAGUUGUUUCGGCAUCCGGGAACGGAAUCGAGUUAUCGAGCGAUUCGCCACUGAAGGUGGGGAGUCCUGCAAUGGAACGGUGAAAGAGGUAGUGCCUUGCAACCCUGGUGUUGGGCACGAGCCCUCCGACCAAUGUGGUGCUAACAGGCGGCGACAAGAUUGUGUCAUGUCCGACUGGGAGCAGUGGAGCGAGUGUACAGCAAGCUGUGGAGGCGGACAGACCGAACGUUCUCGACACAUCGUGUUGUCAUCGGCGUAUGGUGGAACUCCCUGCAGCGGCGAGCUCGCGGAGAUUGAUCGAUGUAGUGAGGAGCCUUGUCCAGAGAGUGGCUGCCACGACUGUACCUGGGGUGCAUGGAGCCACUGGGGCAGUUGCUCCAAAUGUGGCGGGCAGAGGUUUCGCUUUCGCAACAUCCAGCAGAUGCCGAAUCAUUGCGGAAGGCCAUGCAAACCGAUGGACGCAAAAGAAGCGGGAGCAUGUCACAGCAAAUGUGAAAACUCUCUCUUCUGCGCUUGGACAUACUGGUCAACGUCAGAGUCUUGCAAUAAGUGUGGCACUACCAGCACGACACGCAACAGAGCCCUGGGGUUGACUUCCUACUCCACAGACUUUCUCUUCAUGGUAGCGGAUGAGGCAUCAUGCGCAGGGACGCAGCUCAAUGUGAGCGCCUGCCCGAUGAAAGAGGAGUGUCAGACGUGUAUUGCUGAGAACUGCGAGUUUGGCGCAUGGAGUGAGUGGCAUGAUCCGACAUGUUUGGGCAAAGCUCUCCUGUGUUGA